AAUGCGGAACAAGCGUGAUAUAUUCUCCUCACCUUAUCUACUUGAGUACGGACAACAAGAGUUUUAGCUCUUGAAUACUCUUGUACCAAGCCCAGUAUAUAUAUGAGCAAAACACCAUCCUUAUACUUGACCACCACAGCCUUCAUGCCAUAGAGAUCCAUCCUUUAAAACCUCUAACAAGUUCUCUACUUGCAAAUUAUCUCAACCUUGUAAACUCCGGCGUCAACACACACUUGCUCAUUAGAGAGAGAGAGAGAGAUAUGAAGGCCUUGGGGAAUUUAGUUGCAUAUUGUGUGAAGGAGAAGAAGCCUUGUGUAUGGUGGGUUGAGAAGUACUUCAUGGAUUGCCUAUGUAAUCUCAACGAUGAGUUAUCUUUCGGUUUUGGGAUGGUCAGUCUGGUGUGUUGGGGAGUUGCAGAAAUCCCACAGAUUAUCACCAACUUCCGCACUAAGUCCAGCCAUGGUGUCUCUCUUUUGUUUCUCCUCACUUGGAUUGCCGGUGACAUUUUCAAUCUAGUGGGUUGCCUUCUCGAGCCUGCAACGUUGCCGACUCAGUACUACACAGCACUGCUGUACACGGCAAGUACGGUAGUACUGGUGUUGCAAACCAUUUACUAUGAUCACUUCUAUAGCUGGUGGAAGUGCCGACAGAUUAGGCAUAGUCAACAACGGGUUGAAGAAGAGAAAGAACCUUCGAAGUCUCCUAAGCCAGCAGAUGAAUCAGGAAUUCCAAUACCUGGUGGCCCCAUAGCUCAGUCCCAUAGAAAAUUUUACUACACGUCCGCCAGAUCUCUGGCUGGAAGCAGCACACCACCAACUUGGUCUUAUCUAAGGGCAGCUAGAAGUGGUCCUUCAGCAAUGGGAUAUACAGAUGACCAUUCAUCAGAUGAUGACGUGUCAUUUCUAUCCUCAUCCAAUAUAUCUGUUACCCAACCUAAGCCAAUCCCACGACCUGCUGGUUGGGGAGCAUUCCUUGCUACAUCAGUAAGCUUACCUCAAGGAAGUAAGGCCUUGAAGCAAGUAUACAUGGGAUUAAGUGGGAGGAGACUCUUACAACAGGAAGAAAGCAUGGAGAACAACGUCUAUGGGCAAUGGUUGGGGUGGAUGAUGGCUGCUAUAUACAUGGGUGGUCGAAUCCCUCAAAUUUGGUUAAAUAUUAAAAGAGGAAGUGUGGAGGGAUUGAAUCCACUCAUGUUCUUCUUCGCACUAGUUGCCAAUGCUGCUUAUGUGGCAAGUAUUUUAGUAAGAACAAGUGAAUGGGACAAAAUUAAAGCCAAUAUGCCCUGGUUGCUGGAUGCUGUUGUUUGUGUGCUUCUCGACUUAUUUAUCAUAUUGCAGUACAUCUACUACAGAUACAUGAGAAAGAGAAGCACAAGUGGGAGAAAAGACCAUGGAGACUACAUGGAAGCAAAUAAGGCUCUUUUGUCUUGAGACUUCUUGUUGGAUUUUGGAUUUUGGAGGCCCAAACCCCAAAGUUGGGCCAAAAACACUUAUUAAUGUCUUUGUUCAGAAAACGUUUUGGUACCAUUUGUUCUUCAACAAAUUGAUGCAAUUUGGGAGCAUAUUACCCCAAACUAGAAUGCCUAUUUUCAGGCCCGCUCCUUCUGGAUUGGGCUUAAUUCGGAUUUAUAGUGGGCUGCCAAUGACCUUGGCCCAAACAAUCCCUGGCUAAAUGCUGCAUUAGCGGAACCCCAAAAAAAAACUACCCAGUUCUUAGCUAAGAAAAUAAUAAUUAAUAAUUCUUCUUA